CCUGGAGCUGCAGGUGUCUCACAGAGAGUCAGCAGGGCUCUUGUACAUGCCCUCUCCUCAGGAGUCUCAUUAGGGAGGCACAGGCCCUGAGAACCAGUCUGAGAGGAGAGUCAGGUCCCUGGCUAGGGAGGGAAACAGCAAACCACAAAGUCCUGGGGCAGGCAUAGAGCAAGACUUGCCCUUGCCCUGGCCACUACAGAGGCCCUUGGGGCUGGAGCUCUGGGCUUGGAGUACCAGGCGAUGAGCUCAGCCCUCCAACCCGGCCCUUGUGUGUCAGGCUGUCAGCAGGGCCAUUUCUCCCAAGAAGAUUUCCAGGCCCCUCUGGGCCAUGAAGAGGCCUAAAUUUAGCGAGCAGACAAGGGGCUGGCCUUGGGCCCAGGGACAGUCAGGCCUUAUAAAGCGCUGGCAGUCAGGGCCCCGGCAUGCUUCCCUGGAGGCCUGCACCCACACGCUUCUCCAGCCCAGCCCCUGCCUGGACAGGGUCCCUGCUGCCUGUGGAUGAGCCACCGGACCUCCUCCGCCUUCAGAGCGGAGAGAAGCUUCCAUUCUUCCUCCUCCUCCUCCUCCUCUUCUUCUUCUUCAGCCUCCCGGGCUCUCCCAGCUCAGGACCCACCCAUGGAGAAGGCUUUGAGCAUGUUUUCAGAGGAUUUUGGCAGUUUCAUGAGGCCCCACUCGGAGCCCCUGGCCUUCCCAGCAGUUCUGUCCACAGCCCGACCUGGGGGACAAGGCAGUGUCAAGACCCUUGGCGACGCCUAUGAGUUUACGGUGGACAUGAGAGACUUUUCCCCUGAAGAUAUUAUUGUCACCACCUCCAACAACCAUAUUGAGGUGCGGGCUGAGAAGCUGGCAGCUGAUGGCACGGUCAUGAACACCUUUGCUCACAAGUGCCAACUGCCAGACGAUGUGGACCCUACAUCGGUGACCUCGGCCCUUCGAGAGGAUGGCAGCCUCACCAUCCGGGCACGGCGCCACCCCCACACAGAACACGUCCAGCAGACCUUCCGGACGGAGAUAAAAAUCUGAGGGUCUCCCCACCCUUACCCUCCCCUCCCCGAAUCUCCUCUACUGGCCUGCUGGUGAGGUCAUCCUGACCCCUGACGAUGGCCCCCAGAACAUCUCAGCCCGGUCCAGUCACUCCACACACUCUUAGGCCCCAGGUGGGUCAACCUCCCCCCAAACUAGGGCCCUCCUCUCCACCCAGGAGCAGUCCCAAGACCCUCUUGUUCUCUCUCAGAUAGGAUCUCCCUGUCUUAGUUCACAAGAGAGGGGUUGAAGGAUGGACUUGGGGAGAAAGUUGAGGGCUAAGCAAAUGAUCAGUGGACAGAGAAACAUCUCUGCAGGGCAGGGGACCAGGGACGACCCUCCUGGCAAGUGGAAUAUAGGAGCUGGCCACAAGCAGGGCUGCUGGCCUAGGUGGACUGCCUCAGGCAAGCCAGAGAGAUAACCAUGAUUGUCACCUCCCCAGGGCUGCAAGUCUCCAAACCAGGGCUACCUGUCACCCUGGGCCCCAGUCAGCUACUUAUGCCAGGCAGGGACACCUGUACCCAGGUGGGGUUUAUUAAAAUAG